AUGGCCGAAAUUUCCAGAAUGUUCCUCCUCCCAGAAAUCCUAACCCAAAUCCUCCUCCACAUCCCACCUCGAGAUCUCAUCACAUCUUGCAACCGCGUCAACACCCACUGGAACAACAUCAUCGCUAACUCAUGCUCUAUUCGCCAAUUAUUAUUUUUCUCAUCAUCUCCACAAUCAUCUAACACCACCAAACAAUUCAACACCCUCCUAAUCCGCUAUUUCCCCAAAUACUUCCCCGACCCCGUAAAAUCACACUUCAAACUCACUUCCUGGCAAAAGUCUCAUGGCGAGUCACCCCACGAAAUCGCACGUCGUGAAGCAUUCACUCGCAAAGGCGCUUCCUGGCGUGACAUGUUUCCUAUUCGAACCCACCUCACCGAGUCCACACCAUGGAACAAUCCCUCCAAGCCCCUUGUAGUCACAAAAACAGAAACAUACGACGGAGGCCAAACGAUUUCGCAAGCCUCAUUUGCUAGCGAUGAACCUUGGACAAUGAGUAGAUUGUAUGAUGUGAUUGAAGAAGCGGGUGAGGGUGCGGGGAAUGUGGUGGGGGAUUGGACGAUGGAUUGGGAUGCUGGUGAGGUGAAUGUGAGGCAUCUAGUCACUUGUGAGGAUGGUGUUGACGGGGAUAGAAGUGUGUGGAGGUGUGAGGGAAAUGAGGGGGUGGAGGUUGAGUGGAGGGUGUUAGAGGAGUUUGGAGAGGAUGAUGAGGGGUAUUGGGUUGGUGAGUUUGAUUAG